UAAAAGCCAUCUACUCAACACUUCUUUCUCAUUUCUCUCGAGACUAGAGCUAUUGCGUUUAGUUACCAUACUAUCCAAGAUGUCUGUCUUUGCUUUAGAAAUCAUCGUCCUCUUUUCGCUGUUCUUUUUAAUCUCCUGCCAUAAUCAUGGUCCGCAGAAUUUUCAAAAUGUGCAAGAUCGGGACCAUUUGAAACAGCACCUUGAUGGCAUGGACGCUGACGAGCUAAAGGACGAGGAACUAAGAUUCCACUACUUCAAUGCUCACGAUAUUGAUGGCAACAAGAAACUGGAUGGCUUAGAGAUACUUCAGGCAUUUACUCACUACCAUGCAACUGAUCCAACUUCAGAUAAACAUGAAAAUGCAGCGUACUCGGACCUGGAGUUGCAAACAGCCAUCGAUCCUCUUUUAGUGUCAGCCAUAGAUAAGAACCAAGAUGGCUAUUUGGAUUAUGCGGAGUUUAUACAAGCUGAAAAAACUUUGAAGGAGGGCCAAACUUAGUCUCUUAUGUACUUAAAGAUUAUUUCUUCGACUAAGUUGAUUAAAAACUUUGAAAAAAGGGUCAAACUUAAUUGAACUCUGGAAUAUAUCUAAAGACAUUCUUGUGAACAUUGUCUUGGUCGAGAAUACUGUGAUUUUUAAAGUUGAUUCUGUUUUGAAAUUGACUUUUUAACUGGCAACUUACAAAAUUUGACUUUAAAAUCGUCGACGUAAGUUGCUUUUUUAGGAGUGGCUUCAAAAGCUAAUUUUAAAAAGGUAAUAUAUGCGAAAUUAUUGAUCAUAUUUUAAGUCCUUGACUAAACAAACUGCACUGUUUUCUCUAAAUGUUUAAUGUGUUUUAUUAGUAAACAAAAUUGGAUUUUGUGAAAUUGAGUGUCUAUUAUAAUUAAUUGUAAAUGUGUAAUUUUAUUUGUCUUAAUAAACUAGUAUACUAAA